CUCAUUUUUGAUGCUGAUCCUGAACAGUUCCACAAUGACUUGUCACUUGCGAGGUAUUUACGAGCCUUUCAGUCCGUAGACAGUGCCUUUCAAGCAAUUCUGAAAACCAACAAAUGGAGGAAGGAAUACGGAGUUCAAUCAAUAUCAGCAGAAGAUCCAAUAAUCAAGAAGAAUUUGGAAUCUAAGAAGGCUGUGGUUCUUGGUCAUCGAGAUUUCCAAGGAAGACCAGUUAUAUACAUCCCAGCUAGGAACCAUAACGUGAACCAAAGACACAUUGAUGAACUUACGAGAUUCAUUGUGUAUAUUCUGGAACAAGCCUGCAAGAAAUGUUUUGAGGAAGUCAUUGAUAACCUCUGUAUUAUUUUUGACCUAAAAGACUUUGGCAUGAACAGCAUGGACUACCAGCUGGUAAAAAACCUGAUCUGGCUCCUGAGCAGACAUUACCCUGAACGGUUAGGAAUAUGUUUAAUUAUAAAUGCUCCAGCUAUCUUCUCUGGUUGUUGGUCAAUCAUCAAAGGCUGGCUUCACGAGGUUACUGCCAGCAAAGUUGUCUUCGUGAACACAGAACAAGACCUUCUCAAGUACAUCCACCCCGACAUACUUCCUGAUAAUGUUUAAGUGUACAUCCACCCCGACAUACUUCCUGAGAAUGUUAAAGCUGGCAACAAAAAGAAAUUGUUCAUUUUUUAAAACUUAUUUAUAUUGAAAAUUUGCAAGCAUCUUGUUGGUGGUCUGUGAUUUUUAAUUAUGAUUCAGAAGCUUGUGCUGGUGAGUGUCUUGUGUAGUUAUAAUUCACAGGAAAUUACUAAGAUAGGACAAAAAUGUUGAAAACAGUAAUGUUCUAUUUUUAGAAAAGGUUUUAGUUUGUACAUUGAGAAUCAAGCUAGUUUUGUUGUGACUGUGCUUUCAAAUGACUACAUUUAAAGAAAGGAUUAAACUGUAAAAAUAUUUGUGAGCACAA